AUGGACCUCUCAUGGAAGGAGAAAGAUGUGGACAUACGUGAUUUACCAGAUCCGACGAUAGUCGUUGUAAUGGCGGCGGUCGUCGCAGCCUACAAGGACGGAAGACUGUCACCGCUAGAGGACUUUCCACCUUAUCAAGGAAUUCGUCAGCAUUCAACUUUCCACGAGCAACGCCAACCGUUCCAGGAGCAACCAUACAAGACGCCGCAGUAUCAAUCGUAUCGACAACGUCCGUACCGACAAGACUCGUCGUCUUAUCGUGAACAGAUAUCCUUCAGGGACUACUCGUUGCCAAAGAGUCGGCCAUUUUAUGGUGACAGGCAAUCUUUCAGGGACGCUUCAGACUUGAAGAACCAGGCUUCCUUCUUCACCGAUGGACCAUCCUUCCCGAACCAUCGAUACAAAUAUCCGACAUCGUUCAAAGACGAAAUUCAAGAUCAAUCCGUUGGCGAACAGUAUUCCUAUCAGCAGGAAUCCUUUCCAAAUGACUUUCGGAUCUCCGAUUUAUACAAGGACCAAGAACCACCCGGGCAACAGACUUUCGGCCGAGAUUCGGAGUACCUGAAACACGGAAACCAUGGUCUCGGUUACGUCUCCGUCCCGCCGAUUUCCCCGUAUCCAUUGAACGAGGAGGCAUCCACAACGAUGACACCGACGACGGCCACGACAACCACCCAGAAGCCAUCGGAACUGUCUAUCCUAUCCAGCACAGCUCGGACUAUCAGCCAAGUUCAUACGUCUGCAACUUCCGUGCCGAAAGUGGCUUCGCACACGGGGACAAUGCCAACCGUGAAAUUCGAUACGCUGGCCGACGACACCGCCACGACCACUUCGGCGACCUCCAUGAUACCAACCGCAUCGGUCACCACGAAGCAAUCUUCGAACUUGGCGAAUCCGCCGACAGUGGCCAGCUUACCUGUCGUGGCCACGGAAUCUCCAAUCAUAUCCUUCGGCAGACAUACCGUUUCGCCAAUUGAAUUCCAAUCGGGCAAGUUCACGGCUCCAGGGUCCUAUUACAUCACCAGCGGGGCGAAGAACAAGGCGCAACAGUCGUUGCUCACCUAUCUGUUGGCGCAGCAAGGAAAAACAACCCUGAAAAGCAACGAACAGAAUCCUCUACUGAACUACGUUGUCCUCCCACCUGUUAUGACCAACAGUUUGAACAACAAGAUCCAAAACCCGGUAUCGAGCUACGUGCAUCCGGAGGAGGGGAAGUCCGCGCUAAAGGACAGUCUGCUCAACUAUAUGCUGCAACAGGAACCGAACCAUGGCCUAUCGGUUCAACAAUCUUCGCUACCGGAAACCGUGAAUUACGUGCCGCUGACCAACACGUAUGCCGAGAGACCGAAGCUCUCUCUGUCCAGUCUACCGUUCUCAACUUUGUCAGCGGUUCCUCGACCGAUGGAAACGAUAAACUACGUCUCCGCGACAGUGCCAAGAGUCUCUGGCUUCGCCACUCAAGACACGUCGCCAUCAGCCGCCUUCCCUCUGGGUUCAUCCCUCGACGUUCUCAACUCGGCCACGUCGUUACCAUCGAGUUUGGGGACAGGCUUCACGCAAAGUCAGUCCCCGAGUAUAUUUAGCAGUUUACCUGCUGGGCUGAACGGUGGCAUAUCAGCGGGGAUACCGGGCAGCCUGUCAGCGACCGUUCCCGGCAGCCUGUCUACUCUGAGCUUGGGUCAGAACUUCCAACAUCUAGGCCAUCUACGACAGUUCGAACCGGCGAGGAGUCAGCCUCUCUCCUAUUCUCCAGGAUUGCAGCUGCAGCUGGGCGGUUACGGCGGGAUAGAUUACACCUUACGGCCGAGUAAUCCUGCCCCACGGCCCUUGGAGCUUGGCAUCGCGAAGGUGGGCUUAAGUUUGCCGGAAUUUCCGCGACAGCAGCUUCCCGCAUUCUCCAAGGUGAAUUUCCAACGAGUAAUCGCGCCCCUCAGCUGGCCUGUCAGCCGGCAAUCACUUGAUUUUUGGGAGACUAGCAUGCUUUCUACAGAACACCUACUUUAG